UUACAGACCAUGAAACGAUUACUCUUACUAUCGGUGCUAGCGGUUGCGCAUGCGCAGUUCCCCAACGGUCGGAUCCUCGAGCCUCCAGUGCCAGCACAGUGUGUACAAAGGGUUAUACACGAAAGAUUUGCUGACAAUAAGGGGUACUUCUUCUCAUGGCGGGACCCUGCGUUGCGCGGGGUAGAGGAGGACUGGCUCAGCGCAAGGAACUACUGUCGCCAGCGCUGCAUGGACCUGGUCUCCCUGGAGACCAGCGAGGAGAAUGAGUGGGUGAAAGCCCGCAUAGUUCAGGAUAAGGUUAAAUACAUCUGGACAUCGGGUCGCCUAUGCGACUUCAAAGGCUGCAACAGACCCGACCUGUUACCGAAUGAAAUCAAUGGAUGGUUCUGGACGGCCGAGCUGCAGAAACUAGCCCCUACUACCAAUAGACAGCAAAACGACUGGUCCGAAGGCGGUGGUAUUGGAAAACCACAACCAGACAAUCGCGAGCUGAUUCAAGGGGGUGCAGCAGAACACUGCAUCGCGAUUCUAAACAAUUUCUACAACGACAACGUACAUUGGCACGACGUCGCCUGCCACCAUCGCAAACCGUUCGUCUGUGAAGAAAACGACGCGCUCCUGAAAUACGUUCGAUACACCAACCCUAACCUGAGAGUAUAGAUAACAUCAUCAAGUCGUUGCUCACUAAACUUAAACAAUAUUAUACAAAUAUGGUUGCAAAAUACAUAAAAUUUACAUAGGUACAUAAACAAUGAAAAAGUUGUAGUGAAAACUAUAGUUAAUACUACCUGCGGCAUUUUGAUAAC